AUGGCAUUGGUCACCACUUUGAUCAGCACAUUGGUCAUGGCAUUGGUCAGCACAUUGGUCAGCACCUUGGUCAACACUUUGGUCAUGGCAUUGGUCAACACAUUGGUCACCACGUUGGUCAACACUUUGGUCAGCACAUUGGUCAGCACAUUGGUCAGCACCUUGGUCAGCACUUUAGUUAACUACUACACAAUCGCAUACAACGAUUAA